GUACAAUUCACGCCCCGCGCUCGUUGUUAACCGCUUCAAGGAGUGAACGGAGAGAAGUACGAUAAGUGCGUAAACCGACAGCGAUUGUCUGUCCAUUCAUGACAACUGAGCAGGUUCUCUAUAACUGGGCGGUGGUAACAACUGGACAUAAACGUGUGGAAAAUGGCGAAGCGGAGGAUCACACAGGAGACCUUUGACGCUGCUGUCAGGGAAAACAUGGAGGAGUUUGAGAUGGAUCCUGAUGAGGCUCUGAGGGAGGCUGUAGAGCAGUUUGAAUCCCAAGGUGUGGAGCUCAGUUGUAUAGUAAAAGCUGUACCAGCUGUAUCAUCUGAUGACAAACAAGAUGAGCAAACACAUGAGGUCUUACAGGCUUUGGAUUCCCUCCGAAUCGGAAAAGACUCUGUCGGUGUUACGGAAGUGACGGCAGACAUAAAACGCUUCACUGAGCAGUGCUCUCUUGGAUUCGCUCAAAGGUACCUGGCUGCCCAAAAAGAUGCCUACCCCGUCAUUCUCUCUUACUGCAAAAACAGUUUGGAGGAGCGGGAAGCUGUGUUGACCGCCCUGUCCGCUCUGGCUGCACUGACAGAUGGACAGCCGGACUUGUUGGAUGCAGAGGGCCAGCAGUUCCUUUUGGAUGUUCUUCUGAAGUACCAGGCAGAUUCUUUGGUAACACGUGUAGCCAUUCACGCUGUACGUCACUGCUGUUUGAAACAUGAACAGAACAGGCAGGAUUUGGUAAAAGGUGGCAUCCUGCCUAUGCUGACCGGUGCUACUACACGACACAGCGGAUGUGCUGAGCUGGUCAAGGAGACCUCUGCAGCUCUCAGGGUCAUGACUUUUGAUGAUGAUGUGCGAGUUACGUAUGGACAUGCUCAUGAACACGCCAAGAUUAUUGUUCUGGAGCACAACGGACUGAAGGUUUUAAUCGAGGCUGCAAAAGCUCACUUUGAUAAUACUUCUGUUCUGAGUGAGCUUUGUGCAACUUUGUCUCGUCUGGCUGUAAGGAAUGAAUUCUGUCAAGACAUCUGUGAUCUGGGAGGAUUGAAACUCAUGAUGACGCUGCUUGCAGACAGCUAUGAGUCACCGGAGUUGGUUCGGCAGGUCCUAAGUGCAAUAAGAGCCAUAGCAGGAAAUGAUGAUGUGAAAGAUGCAGUUGUUAAUGCUGGUGGAGUCCAGCUCAUUGUCAUUGCAAUGAACAGACACACGACCAACUCUAGUGUGUGUGAGCAGGGCUGUGCAUGCCUCUCCGUCCUUGCUUUGCGCAAACCCAACAACUGCAAAGUCAUCAUGGAGAAUGGAGGUGCCUUGGCAGCUGUGCAGGCUAUGAAGACACAUACUGAUGCGGUCAAUGUUCAGAAACAGGCGUGCAUGCUGAUGAGAAACCUGGUUUCGCGUACGCAUAACUACUGCCAACCAAUCCUGGAGAUGGGAGCAGAGGCCCUGAUAGCCCAGGCGCUAAAGACCCAUCAAGACUGUGGUGAUGUGGGUAAAGCAGCCCUCAGAGAUCUGGGAUGUCAGGUGGAACUCCGGGAGCUGUGGACCGGCAAACAUGGCAGCCUCACCAACUGAAAGUAGAGGAGAACAUCAUCAUGAGGUUGCCUGAAGUGCAAUUUUAGGCAAGAUGAAAAUGUUACAAUGUUGGUAUACAUGGCCAAGAGUGUAAGCAGAUGCACCUACACACGCUAGACAUAUUUGUUUAAAGUAGCUGAUGUGAGCAAGUCACCGGUCCCACACAACACCUUUGAGAGGUUGAAUAUAUUUUACAGUCCUUUUGUUUUUGACAGGUACAAAAAGCUCAUCGUAGUCCUGUUGUACAUGUUUUGCUUGUUAUUGAUAUUUUGUUUACAAAUUUUCUGAUGCCUUUAUUUCUGUACGACAUUUCUGUUCAUGAGACAGUACAAAUAAAUAUGUGUGUUUUGCACCAAAGUCAAAGUCAGCCUUAUUGUCAA